AUGGCUUCCCAACCUCAACCUAAUAUCGCUCCCUCUACACAGGAGCUAGCUGCUCCUGCAACAUCUCGGCCACCGAGACGCCAAAGGCCGGAUUAUAGGCACAUUCACCGUUUCUCUCUUCCUCUCACUGUCCACCCACUUCCUCCUCUGAUCCCACAUAACCCACUCUCCAUUAUCAGUGUGCUACUUUCCUACCUUACAUAUUUCAUUGCUCCGCCUCACAAUGAUAUCCACUCCGCCUACUUCGACUCAAACACAUCGUCGGUGCAUGUUACCGAUGAGAAGACUGUUCGAGCAUUAUGGGAAAUGGGCUUCUUUGGGAAAGGAAGUCUAAGCCGAAGCGAGCCGACUUGGCUAGAUCAAGAAAAAAAGCGGAGAGGACUCCUUGGUGGUGUGACAAGUGAAGAGGUCACCCGUCAGCGAAGAGCCGAGCGCCGUGAACUGAAACUCCAAAGAGCAAGGUCAGAGAAGUUGAUCAUCGAGCAAAGACUUCAGGCAGAAACCGCUGCAAGAGAAGGUCACACGAGUCCAGAAACUCAGUCUGGGCUGCCAUCUGGUGCCACAAACGGCACUGCCGUAACUGCAGAGAAGUUCUCUGUAAAAAAGGCCAGAGAAGCCAAGUUGCUUGAAGCACAACAACUAGCGAAACGGGAUAGGGAGACUGCUGGCAAAGCGGUCCGGUUUUCUACCACAGCCGAAGGAAAUGACUCAACGGUGAAGCAGUCCGAAAAUACGAUAGUCGAUGGGGGCGAGUCUACUCCGGAAACGACGGUAGAUAACGAAGAACACCUCCAAAUAUCCAACGAGGAAGCAUUCUUCCUUGUAUACGGACUGGGAGCUUUACACAUAUUUGACAAGGAUCGAAAAACAGUUCUGUCACCGCGUUCUCUACUUACACGGUUUUGUCACCAUUCAUACUCACCUCCUCGUGACAUGUCCCUCGACCUGAAAACUGACGACCCUUUUCUUAUUUCCUACGUCGUGUACCACCAUUUUCGAUCCCUGGGGUGGGUCGUCCGCUCCGGUGUAAAAUUCGGAGUCGACUACCUACUAUACAACCGUGGCCCAGUUUUCUCCCAUGCCGAGUUCGCUGUCGUGGUUAUUCCUUCAUAUGACCAUCCAUACUGGUCUGAAACCGAAAAUCGCAGAGCCGAGUGUGCUGGUAAACAGGCACGUAGCUGGUGGUGGUUCCACUGCGUUAACCGUGUUCAGGCGCAGGUGAAGAAGACUCUUGUGGUGUGCUAUGUAGAGAUACCACCCCCAACGCAAGGACUGGAAUCUGACUCGGCCGAUGGCCUUGAUAUUGGAGCAUUGCUUACUCGCUAUUCCGUCAGAGACCUAGUAAUCAGGCGCUGGAUACCGAAUCGCUCUCGAGACUAA